AAGAACAAUGAAUCCCAUGGACCAUGGCAUUCACCUUUUGUUUUACCCUUUGUUCAGUGAAGAACCGGUAAUGAUCUUUGAAUACAGAGCUCAAACACUCGAUAAGAGUGUCCUCAAACAGACGUUUAUGUUUCCGAGGAAGGAAGGAAGGAAGGAAGGAAGGAAGGCUCUGAAACCUUCAAAGCCUGAUCUAAGCUCGAGCAGCAUUGCCAGUAGCCGACCAAGAUAGUGCAACGAAUCAUAGGAUGCUUGAAGUAGGAGAGAUGCACCGAGUAAAGUCCCAUCGCACAUGAAUGAUGCAUUAUUAUUUUCUUGCUGACAAUAAGAUAAUGUGCAUGAAGAGCUUCCCAGUGACGUUGAUGACUGCAGGUUCUCAUCGGACUCAUUGCACGCCCGAAGUUGCUGCCAAAUCGUCGACAUCUGAUUUCCUCGGCGAGAGGAAUGGAAUGUUGAGGGUAUGCUGUGGGGACUUUGGCCACUCUCAAGCUGUUACGUGUUUGUGUCAUUUGUUUUCCUGUAAGGGUGUAUUGUUAGCAAGCUUUCUUUAUGUUCCUCGACGCCAUAAUGAGGGGGACUGUUGCUGCUGCUUCCUCUCUCUCUCUCUCUCUCUCUCUCUCACCGAGUGCCUCCCUUCUCUGACACAGCAGUCGUCUCUUUCUCUGUCUCAUCACUCUCUCCAUCUAUGGCGUAAGCUUGAUUCCUGAUAGUGCAAGCAAAGCAAACACCCCACUUUCUUUUUGUUUGGUCACAGCCUCCCUUAAACUUUCUCGGUUUUCCUUUGUCCUGUAAAAUUCUACCUUCCCUUUCUUGUUCCAACAUUUGUGCUCCCUCACUACUGCUGUAAGACUCUUAUUGUCUCACACCACAGCCCUUCUACCAAAUCGCUUUAUUUCCUCUCUCUGGGAUUUCUUCCACCCUUUGGCCUUUAUUUGUUUUGCCUUCCUUCUUCGGUCCAAGUUCCUCUUGAUGCUCAAUUCUCGCAAUGGAAAGAACAACGAAGCAUACACUGUACCUUCUUAUGGGAUAAAAUCCAUGCAGAUUUUCUCUCACCUUCCAUGCCUGCAGCCGAGAGCGAGGAUGGUGGGAUUUGCUCUGUCCCAGGUUGUCAACCAUUCUGCGCUUCUGCAUGACUCCAGGUCAAGAAGAGCACUUCAAAUAAAGAAAGAGAACAAAGAUUGAGAGAGAAUGGAUGUUUCUGGUCGUGAAGAAGAGAUGCCAACACCAAUGGCCAGUGCAUGUGUUGGUGAUCAUGGCCACAACAGCAGCAUCCAUGACACCCCUCCUAUCCACCACUCCACCAAUGGGCCUCUUCCUCCCCUCUCCAUUGUCACCACAGAGGACCACCAUCACCAUGGCAAGAAAGGGGUGGUGGUGAAGUACAGGGAGUGCCACAAGAACCACGCAGCUUCCAUCGGUGGGAGUGCUACUGAUGGCUGUGGUGAGUUCAUGCCAAGUGGGGAGGAAGGAACUCCAGAGGCCUUGAAGUGCUCUGCCUGCGGCUGCCACAGGAACUUCCACAGGAAAGAGACAGAAGGCGAGCCCUCGUGUGACUGCUUCCACCCCUUUAGGGGGAGGAAGGUGAUGAUGGGUCAGAAGGGCUUCCUCGUCUCAGGAUCAGAUGCAUUUGGCUACAGCCCUGCAAGCAACAGCCUCGUUCCAAGGGUGGUGAUGCCACUGGGAGCCAUGCAGACCUCCGAGUCUGACGAGAUGGAAGGAGUUGGCGGGAUGGUGCCGAUGCCUGCCAUGGUGAAGAAGAGGUUCAGAACUAGGUUUACCACAGAGCAGAAGGAGAAGAUGCUGAGCUUUGCUGAGAAGGUGGGAUGGAGGCUUCAGAAGCAGGAGGAGAGUGUGGUGCAGCAGUUCUGCCAGGAGACUGGGGUGAAGAGGAGAGUCCUCAAGGUGUGGAUGCACAACAACAAGCACAAUUUGGCAGGGAAGAUCUCUCUCCAGCUUGAAUGACCACUUCAUUCUGCCAUUCUCACUGUCAUUUAGUGUUUCCAUAGCAAAUGCUCAUCCUACAAGUUUUGAGUUUGGUGGUCGCAUGUCAUAACUAUUUUCUCAUGUCACUCAUGAGGUGAUGAAGGAGGAUAGGAAGCUUGGUGGAUUGAAACCAUGAACUUUUUCUUCUACAGAGUUCUCCAAGCUUAGGUGUUGAUCACUUCAAUGUCA